GACAAAAUGGCAUUCCUCCUACUGACUCUCCCAACCCUCAUAACAGCAGCCCAAGAUGGCCUCGCCAAAACACCACCAAUGGGAUGGAACACCUACAACCACUACAACUGCCAACCGAACGAAUCCAUCGUCCACUCCAACGCCCAAGCCCUCCUCGACCUCGACCUCGCCCCGCUGGGCUACCGCUACGUAACCACCGACUGCGGCUGGACCGUUUCUGACCGUCUCCCCAAUGGCUCGGUAACCUGGAACGAGACGACUUUUCCGAGCGGCUUUCCCGCGUUGGGCAGGUGGUUGCAUGAGAGGGGGCUGUUGUUUGGGGUUUAUGAGGAUUCGGGGGUGAAGCUUUGUGGGAGUCCGCCGGAUCAGGUGGGGAGUUUGUACCAUGAGGAGGAGGAUGCAACGACGUUUGCGGAGUGGGAUAUUGAUGCGUUGAAAUAUGACAACUGCUUCUCCGACGCCGAAACAAACUACCCCGUCACCAACUACUCGCCCUCGCAAUCCCCUCGCCCGCGCUACGCCAACAUGUCCACCGCCCUUUCAGACGCGAUCUCCCACACCGUCCUCUUCCAAAUCUGCGAAUGGGGCGUCGACUUCCCUGCCCUCUGGGCCCCCUCUCUCGGCCACACCUGGCGGAUAGGCAACGAUAUCAUCCCCGCGUGGCGCAGCAUCGCGCGAACACUCAACCAAGCCGUUCCGCAGACUGACUUUGCUGGGCCUGGCCAGUGGCCGGAUCUGGAUAUGCUCGAGGUGGGGAAUGGGGUGUUGAGUCGGGCGGAGGAGGAGACGCAUUUCAGUAUGUGGGCUGUGCUGAAGAGUCCGUUGGUGAUUGGGGCUGCGUUGAGGGAUGAGCAGACUGCUAUUGGCGGGGAUUCGUUGGAGGUGUUGAAGAAUAAGGAUGUUAUUUCGUAUAAUCAGGACGAGCUGGGUGAGAGUGUGCGGUUGAGGAGGAGAUGGACGGAGGAGGGGUUUGAGGUUUGGAGUGGGCGGUUGUCUGGGGAUAGGACGGUUGCUGCUUUGAUUAAUUGGAGAGAGGAGGAGAGGGAGUUGAGUCUUGAUCUGGCGGAUGUGGGAUUGCAGCAUGCUGGGUUGGUGAGGAAUAUCUGGGCGAAUUCGACGGCGGAGAAUGUCAAGUCGAGAUAUUCGGCGAGUGUCGAGGGGCAUGGGACGAUGUUGGUCGAGUUGCGGAAUACGACUGAGGCUGGUGUUUAUCCAUCCAGUCUUUUUGGACAGAGAAACGGGGCAUCGACGACAUUCGACUCCAUUUACGGCAUCACCUCCAGCAACAACUACACCAUCAAGAUCAACUUCUCCCAACCAUCUUCAUCUUCCAACAUAACCAUCUCUACAGCAUCAGGAAACACAUCCAAACCCCUCCCCAGCUCCAGCAAAACCCUCGCCCUAACCAUUCCCCUCUCCGCCGGCCUCAACACCCUCACCAUCCACCAUGACACUCCCAUCGACUCUAUCCAGAUAUCUCCUCCAGAAGGAACUUACUAUCCUAGUACUUCAUUCGGAUUAUCAGGAUCAGCAGACCUCACAACCUGCGGCUCUGGCUACUGCAAACCCACCGGCUCAAAAAUCACCUCCAUCACCCCCAACAGCACCGCCAGCAUCACAAUCCCCGCAACCGUCUCCUCCAACACAACCAAGUACCUCGAAAUCGACUACAUCAACAACGACAUUGCCUUUGCAUCCGCCUUUGACUGGGGCACGAACUCGCGCAAUCUCACCAUCCAGCUCAACGGCGGCAACCCAGUCAGACUGGAAGUCCCGCUGUCCGGCCGUCAUAGCGAGCUAUUCGGACCCGGGCUGGGAUGGUGGGAUAGUGCUACGCUGGGGGUAUUGGUAGAUGGGUGGAAAGAUGGGGAUAAUGAGGUUGUGAUUGGGAAUGUGAAUGGGGAGAAGGGAUCGCAGGCUUACGGGGCGGAUUUUGUGGGAUUGAGGAUAUUGGAUUAAGCGUCUAUAUACAUGGCAGGUUGAUCUAGCAUUUCUAGGAUAUAGGCACCUCCCGUGGUUAUUUCUGCCAUCUUCCCCUCCCCGAAACUUAUCUGCGCGCUGUAUCGGGCGAGUUGAUGAGGAUGGAUACGUUGGCGUUGGAGAUGUCGAGGUGUUUGGGGGAGGCUUUCUUGUCUGAUGUAAUGCUGUGUGACGACAGCUAUGGCGAUGAUGUAGAUGAUGUGAUUGCAUACUUUAUCCCUUACAUGGUGCAUACAUGAAUGAUUCAAUAAUCCAUCCUCCAAAUAGGAUCAAUCAAUCAAACAACAACCCCCAUAGCAACCGAGCAAACCAACACCGCCAACAAUCCCAACCCACUCUUCGUAACAGGCUGACUCAAAACCACACCCGCACUCUCAUCAUCCCCC